UGGCUUGCGCUCCCGCACGCCAUCUUGGAUAGCUCGGGACUUUAAACCGGGGCGAAUCGAGAAAGUGUCAGCAAAUAACAUAUAGUAUCUCUUUCUCAGAAUUUGAACAGUCAGGGCUGUCAAAGUCUAAAGUAGGCUAUCUGUCAUGUCGUUGGAUUUUGGCCUUUUUAAAAUAAAGGCUCGAGCGCCAGCAGAACAUUGACAGGAAACUAGUUAGCACCGAGCUAACCCUGUUUUUUUGUUGGGAUUUUCCGUAGCUGAAGUUGUUUUGGUUGUUUAUGUUAUCCGACAUGGACAUUCCUUCUCCAAACCCAGAUUUACCUAAUUCAAAUCUGGGUAUGGGCCCAAGUGGCGCCCAAGCAACUGUCGGAGCUGUUGUGCCGAAAGGAGCCAUUAAAAGACGAGCAGCGCCAGAUUUCGACGAUGAAGAUGAUGACGACGAUGAUGGAAACAAGCUCUUUAGGUGUGAUGACGAAUCAGGGGGCUCCAAUGACAAAGAGAGAUAUGCCAGGGAGAACCACAGCGAGAUCGAGCGGCGGAGGCGUAACAAGAUGACAGCCUACAUCACAGAGCUGUCCGACAUGGUGCCCACCUGUAGUGCCUUGGCGCGCAAACCCGACAAGCUCACUAUCCUGCGUAUGGCGGUGUCGCACAUGAAGUCUCUCAGAGGGCCCGGGACCACCAACACAGACGGCACAUACAAGCCAUGCUUCCUCACCGACCAGGAACUGAAGCAUCUGGUUUUGGAGGCGGCUGACGGCUUCCUGUUUGUGGUGUCCUGUGAAACCGGUCGCAUCGUUCACGUCUCGGACUCCCUGACCCCCGUCCUUAACCAGUCCCAGUCUGACUGGCUGGGCUCCUCCCUCUAUGACCAGCUCCACCCUGACGACACGGAGAAGCUCAGGGAGCAGCUCUCGACAGCAGAGAACACCACAGGGCGUAUGCUGGACCUGAAGACGGGAACGGUGAAGAAAGAGAGCCCCCAGUCCUCAGUCAGAAUGAGUAUGGGGGCCCGUCGCUCCUUCAUCUGCAGAAUGAGGUGUGGCUCGUGUGCAGUGGAACCCUUAUCCAUGAACAGACUCAACUUCCUGAGGAAUAGGAACAGGAAUGGUUUGGGAGCAGCGGGAGAAGGAGAGCAGCAGUAUGUAGUGGUCCACUGUACCGGAUAUAUUAAGUCAUGGCCUCCUACAGGAGUGUCUCUAACCGACGAAGAAGCGGACAACACUCAGGGUAGUCGUUACUGUCUCGUUGCCAUCGGAAGACUACAGGUGACCUGUUGCCCGGGCGACUUGGACAUCAACAGCAUCAGUGUCCCCGUGGAGUUCAUCUCGCGCCACAACUGCCAGGGCAUCUUCACCUUCGUAGACCACCGCUGUAUGGCCACCGUGGGCUACCAGCCCCAGGAGUUACUUGGGAAAAGCAUUCUGGAGCUGGCCCAUCCUGAAGACCAGGGGCUGCUGAGAGACAGCUUCCAACAGGUGGUGAAGCUGAAGGGACAGGUACUGUCGGUGAUGUUCCGGUUCCGCUCCAAAUCCAGAGAGUGGAUUUUGAUGAGAACCAGCUCGUUCACCUUCCAGAACCCUUUCUCCGAGGAGAUCGAGUACAUCAUCUGUACCAAUGCCAACGUCAAUAGAACCUCGGGUCAGGACCCCCCCACCCCCCUCUCGUCACCGGGGGGCUCCAUGACCCCCUCCCUGGGGCAGGGCAGCCCAAACGGCCUCCCUGUGGUUCUCAGCCCAGGUCAUGUGGCCAGCAGGCAAUUGCAGCAGCAGCAGCAGCAGGCGGAGCUAGAAGGAGGUGGAGGUUGCGAGGCUAGCUACGAGGCUGGACAAAUCACCCUUCCACAGAUGCCGGUGCAGGCUGUGACGGCAGCAGGGCUAGACCACACAAAGAGCCUGGAGAAAGCAGAGCUUUACCCAGCUCUUUACCCAGGCCAGGAGCAGCCCAAGAACAUGCCCUCCACCCCCACAGCCCAGAUGUACCCUCAAGCCAACACCUUCACCCCUAACCGCCCCAGUGACGCUUAUAGGCCCGUGGGCAUGGUCCAACAGAUGGGCCAGCAGACUCACUCAGCAGGUCAGAUGCUGGCUCAGAUGUCCCGUCAAAACGGAGCUCCCACUGCCACCACGCCGGCCGCCGCCACCAACCCCCUUCAGGGUGGACCGACCGGGGGCUGGCCCGUGGCUGAGCCGGGGGCGGUCCCCAGGCCCUCCUUCAACAACCAGCAGGUGGCCCCCCAGGCUGCAAAGACGAUGUCACCUCCAUUUGCUGCCAUUGGUGGAUUUGUAGGUGGCCCCUCCAACUCCUUUGGCCACAUGCCAACAGGUGCUGCUCCGACAACUAUGAGUGGAGCCAACUACUCGCAUAUCAACGCUCGACCCAACCUCAACACCAACGGUUAUGGUGGCCCACAGUCUGCAGCCCAGUUCCCCACCCAGGCAGCGGAGGCAGUAUGGCCCCAGUGGCAAGGCCAGCAACAUGCACAGAACCACACAGAGCAGCAUCCUCAAGCUCAGGGAAACCAGCAAGACAUGUUCCCUGACAUGCUGUCUAUCCUGGACCCACCCGCCAGCUUCAACAACGACGACUUUGAGAUUCCCAUCUACCCUUCUUUCAACGAGUGAAACAGUCAAGACAUCCACAUGCCAUGUAUACCCCCCAAACCCUCCUCUCUCACUACCCCUCCUGUUCUACAAUGUUGCCUCAUUGGUCUUUUCGCCUCUCGCACCUUCACUCACGCCAUUGCUGCCCCUAUAAAGUAGCACUCUCUUGCCCUGCCCACCAUGUCCUUUUGGACCAGUGAUCUUGCCUGCGGACAACAUGAGCAGAACAAUGGAGGUGCGGCGAGAAGAGGACAUCAUCACAUUAUCAAGGCCAUUGUAGAAUUUAUUUUGCUAGCACUGCCUAAAGCCAACCACCUAUGAUGUUGUACAUAUGUGAAUAAUAUAAAGCGUGAUGUGGACAAUCACAUACACACACAAAUUCACACACGCAUAGAGAAAUAUAUAUGGACUGCAUGGUAGCAUCUUCCUACCCCUCCGACACUUACGGAGACUGAAAGAAACGCACAAAAGACUUUCAUUGAAAGGAUUCUUGGAUACUUCUCAGCUUUUUGUCAGCCAUUUGAUAAACCAGCAGUUUGUUGUGAUCUCUUACACAUGCAUAUCCAACCUAAUCGAUCAUGUGAAACUCUCAGGAAAUGAUGGGGACAUACAGCUUUGGGGAUUUCUCUUGUUUUGCACGCAAAUAUGCAUGUCGGUGUGUCGUCUCCUUCCCCCCCCCACUGUCUCAGACGUACUGUGCAGGAGCUCUCGGCUGCAUUCAAAGAGCGCCUCGUUGCUUCCUUCUACUGCUCCCUCCACAGGGAACAAGUCAUGUUUGGGUUUUAACUAAAUUAGUUUACCAGUGAGGCUGAGACUAGUAAUAGAUGCAGAUUGUCGCAAAUGUGUAAAUUCUCCAUACACAGCAUAAAAAAUGCCAUAAAUGUAUUUCAAGUGAGUACAUGCAGUAUAGUUGAGGACAACACCAUUGUUUUUUCCAUGUGUGGCCCAGGGUUCUGCUAAGAAACGUCACGUUUGACUGGCUGAAUCAAGUGUGGGUGUUUUCACACUGAAUUCCACCAAGUUUGAUUGUCCUUUUGUAACCUUAAGUUGGGCGGCUGGAAAUAAUGUAAUGCAGCAAUAAUUAACAACCAGGAAUUAUGUACUUCUAAAGCCAUCAUUGUGUUUUUGUUUUAUGAUAGUAAUGUUAUGAUCUAGUUGCCAUGUUUUACUUACGUUUCAUCGGGUCAGCCGGUGGUCUUUGGAGCCGUCUGUUGUGCUUUUAUCAUUGGUAUUUAAAAAAUGGUUUAAUCAGGGUUUGUUUUUCUAGGAUAAAAGUGAAGAUGUGUAAAACAGUUAUGCCCCAGGCUUUUGUUCUCAAAUGUGAGGUUAAACAAAAAUGGCCAUUUAAUUAAAUAAGAUAAGGACAUCAAGAAGACUGUCCCUUAUCUUAACAAUCAAAAGUUAGUAUGUAUGUAAUGUGGACCAUUAUUGGAGUCCAAGGGAUGAGAGAUUGAUGUUCAAAAGACUUAAAGUUUAUUGUUACAUUGUAAGCCAAUAUGUGUACAUUAAAUCCAUGUCUACAGUUUAUUUAGAUUUCUAAAGAGUGGAGUUUUGGUGACCACGUUGUCUUGUUCUCAUCCCCUGGCUUCUCUAACCAGGUUUUUACAAUGAUGUAAAUUGAAGUUGGUAUCACGCAUAGAAACACAAAUAUUUAAAUAUACUGGAUCUGUAUAUGUCCUGUUAAGAGGAACGCAGUGUUGGUUUUUCUAUUAAAUUGUUCAAUAAUCAGAAUCA